AUGUAUACUGUAUUCAGCCCAGGGGGCAAGGAUUGCGUCGGAGUGGAGAGAGGCUCGCAAAUUGUCGCGGUGUUCGACACGAUGGGCAACGGCGCUGUCCUCGACGAGGACGGGGCAAUGAGGUCCGUAUUCGAAAAGAAUCUCGCAGGAAUUUUUAAUUACUGUCGGGCUCGUUCGACACCUUCCACUCAAGUUUCCAAUUGUUUCUGCAGGCUGUCGUACAAUCAGAUCGGAGGAAUUUACUGGGAUAAUCCGGCGGGUGUGCCGCUCACGUGGAAGUGGGACAUAUGCCAGGGCCAAGAAUCGAUCGUCAAGACUGCGUACACGGAAAAGCGAGCAGUACAUUUAGAGAGGCUUUUGAAUCGAUCAACGAGUCCAUCCAUAUUAAAAAACUCUGGUAGAAGCGUCAAAGCGUCGUCGUCGUCGUCGCCCGUGAGUCCGCGAAAUAAGGAGAAGAAGGUCGAGGAACUGAAACCUGUUGUCCAGGAGCACGACCACGACAACGACGAAGAAGAGGUCGUGUCCGGGUACGUUGAGGAAAAAAGUAGAAUAAAUCCCGACGAUACUUAUUAUUUCAAACCGAUCCACUUAAUGAUAAACGUCUAUGUUAGCUUGAAAAUUAUCAAUCGAAGAAAUAUUACUCUCCAGUUUUUCGGCAAUAGGAAAAUCAUCAGAAUAGAAUUGGGCACAAUUUUAAACUUAAAUGAAAAAGUGGGAUCAUAUUUCGUGGACACGAGCUUGAAAUAUGAAAUGCUAAAGUGCAAAUUCGAGAAUCUGUUACCAUCACGUUUGAGCUUGGACAGCAGCAUGCACGACAUUGCCGAAAACUUGCAGAGAGUCAGAAAAUCAGCCAGACAACGUGAAUUUAUGAUGGCCAAGUAUAGGCCGUUCUUGCGUGCCUGGAAAGUGUCAGGAACUAGAUGUCGUCCACGAUAAUUUAAAAUUAACUUUUUCUUUACUACAAGAAAGU